AUGCAGCAGAACUGCGGCGAGUGGAAGGAACCAAGGGGCCUUCAGCCUGGACAGGGCACUGUUUUAGGGAAGGAGCAUGUCUCCAGUGCAGGAGGAUGGGUCAUUUCACGGCAAAAUGCACCAGCGCAUCGGCAGAGGGGUCGAACAACCGAGUGGCCCAAGAACGAGAGUCUACACCACCUCGAACCCUGGAUCGAAAGAAAGCGGAGGGGACUGUCAGCCGGCAUGGGACAGCGGCCCUGCAAGCGGAACCGACAUUUGGUCCAAACAACCUUAGCCCUCAGGAUCACUCCAGAGAUCCCUCGCCGGCAAAAAAACAAGGACGGCCUUCUUAGCAACUGGCUGGCGGGACACAACCCGAGCAUCAACUGGGAACAGAGGCGGGUUGUGUUUGGGGCUCCCCAGUGUGAGAGACACGGCCGGGACUACAUGCCCGGAGGCGAAGGGGGAGAUGCCACUACGAUUGAAGCGCACACGCUGCCCCCGGAGUAUAGUGACUUUGUGGAUGUGUUUGAGGGGAUGGACUGUGACUUGUUACCCCCUCACCUCACUAUGGACUGUGUCAUAGAACUGCUUAAGGACAUCAAGCCAUCCAAAGCCCGAGUUUAUCCCAUGAGCCCCCAAGAGAAAACGGUGCUGCGAGAAUUCCUUGAUAAGAACUUGGCGCGGGGGUUCAUACGGCCGUUCAAGGCCGCGUUCUCUUCUCCCUACUUCUUUGCAAUCCAGCUCGCCUUGCUGAAUUCUCUUGACACACCUGAGACGCCUCACUUCGCUGAAAUGGCCACCCGGGGUUCGCUGGAAGAAUUCAACCCCGCCGUCCCUAGCGACUGGGAGAGCUACGCGGGCCGUGUUACCUGUUUCCUCCAUGCCAACGACAUUGACGACGAGGACAAGAUGCGGUACACGUUCCUCAGCGUAUGCGGGGCCAAAACGUUCCAGCUUGCUCAAUCCCUGCUGGCACCCGCUAAGGUGCUCGAGGCGCCAUUUAAGGACAUCAUGGCCGCUCUGGGCAACCAUUUUACACCCAAGCCCACGCUCCUCGCUCGCCGUCGGCCGUUCUACCUACGGGACCAGGAGCCGGGGGAAUCCGCUGCAGCAUUCCUCGCCGCCCUUCGCCAGUUGGCCCGGUUCUGCGAGUUCAAGGACCUUGAUGACGCCCUCCUCGACAGGUUUGUUUUCGGCCUCCAGAGUGAGAAAGUGCGGCGCCGUCUCAUCGCCAGGAGUGGCAUCACCCUCACCGCGGCCGUCGAGGAGGCCACGGCGGCAGAAGCCCUGCCCGCCACCGGCCGGAGGAGCAGCCGGGGCUCUGCAGCCCCACCGCCAGCGGCUGCCCACCACGAGAGCGCCAGCGACGCGGCCUCCAGCGACGAGGACGAGGCUCACAAACUGAGCAACCAAGGGGCCUCUCGGGGGCGCCAAGCACGGGGCACCACAGACCGCCCGGUCGGCCACAUUGCCAAAGUCAGUCGCUCGACGCCAAAGGGUCGGUCUUCGCGCCCAGCCAGGAAAGAUGGCGUCCCGCGCCCCGUCCACGACUUGGAUGACGACGAGCCCACCAGCGGCCACUGGGGUCGCCGCGAGACGGAGCUGCACAGCGUCUCCCUCCACAAGGUGCACGGUGCCGACAAGGUCUCCAUCGUCGUCGAGAUCGGCGGUGCGCCAUGCGAGAUGGAAGUGGACUCUGGGUCGGCUCUCUCCAUUAUUUCGCUGGACACGUAUCGCGAUCUGACCCGUCGUGCAGCCUCCCUCCCCGAGCUGCGACCGUCCCAUGUCACCAUUUGGGACUAUCAGAGGCGCCGGGUGUCGGUCUGGGGGGAGGUCCGCAUGCCUGUCCGCUUUCAGGACCGCUCUGGGCGCCUCCACCUUAUCGUGGUCGAGGGGCCUCGCGCAAGCCUCCUGGGGCUAGACUGGUUCCCGGCCCUCGGCCUCCACAUCGGCGGCAUCCACCGCAUCAGCCAGACCUCCCUCGACGACGUAUGGGGGGAGUUCGAGGACGUGUGGAAGGGCCCGCUGGGCUGCUACAAGGGGCCGCCGGGCCGCCUGCACGUCGACCCCGCCGCCGCGCCCAUCCGCCUCAAGCCUCGCCGCGUUCCCUUCGCCCUCAAGCCCCGAAUCGACGCAGAGCUGGACCGCCUCAUCGCUCAGGGCGUGCUGGUCCCGGUCCCCAACGCCCGGGAGACCCCAAUCGUGACUCCCCUCAAGCCCAACAGGGAUGUCUGCAUCUGCGCGGACUACAAAUGUACUAUUAAUACGGCGCUGCGGCCGCACGCCUACCCUGUGCCAGUUGUCAGCCACCUCCUGGCCUCCCUCGCUGGGGGUCAGGUGUUUGCCAAACUGGACCUCGCUCAGGCUUACCAACAGCUGCCUGUGGACCCUGAGUCGGCUGAGGCACAGACAAUUGUUACGCACCAGGGUGCCUUCCGGGUGACCCGCCUGCAGUUCGGGGUCAGCACAGCCCCGGGUAUCUUCCAGAACUUAAUGGAAGACCUCCUGAAGGGCUUGCCCGGCAUCGUCCUGUACUUUGACGACGUCUUGAUCGCGGCAAACUCCAACAACGAGCUCCUGGAGCGUGUCCACCAGGUGCUCCUGUUUCCGGAGGCCGGGCUGACGGUCAAACGUGAGAAGUGCCAGCUGGGCCUGCUGCAGGUAGAGUUCCUGGGCUACCUGAUCGAUGCAGAGGGCAUCCAUCCCACUCCCGACAAGAUCAAGGCGAUCCACGCCCCGCCGCCCCAAAGCAAGCAGGAGCUCAAGUCAUUCCUCGGCCUGCUGAACUUCUACCACGCCUUCCUGCCCAACAAGGCGUCGGUUGCCGAGCCGGUCCACCAUUUCCUGGACAAGUCCUCCCUGCUACCAAAGCUCUCGUCUCCUUCCUGCUUGCUCGUCCAUUUCGACGAGAAGCUUCUCGUUGUGUUGACAUUCGACGCCUCGCCCUACGGUGUCGGAGCGGUUCUGAGCCACCAGCUGCCGGGCGGUCGGGAAGCCCCGAUUGCUUUCUACUCCCGGACCCUCUCCUCUGCGGAGAGGAACUACGCGCAGAUUGACCGAGAGGCUCUCGCAGUCGUGGCCGGAGUAAAGAAAUUCCACGACUAUGUUUAUGGCCGCCCCUUCUCCAUCGUCACCGAUCACAAGCCACUUUUAGGGUUGUUCGUGCCAGAUCGACAGACGCCGCAGAUCCUGUCCCCCCCCCCCCGCAUGCUCCGGUGGUCGAUUUUUCUCAACGCCUAUGACUUCAGGUUUCUGCACCGCCCCAGGUCCAGCAUCGCGAACGCUGACGCGAAGGGUUGGCCGUCUGCCAGUCCAGAGGGCGUAUUCAAGCCCUUUUUCACGCGGCAGCACGAACUCUCACUGAAUAAGGGGUGUCUUCUUUGGGGGAACCGAGUCGUGGUUCCAGCCAAACUGCACACCAAGGUCCUGGAGGCCCUGCAUGCAUUCCCUGCAUGCCUGCCGGGAAUUGUGCGCAUGAAGGCCCUGGCGAGGAGCUACGUUUGGUGGCCGGGCAUAGACGCUGCUGUGGAAGAGUGGGUGAACCGCUGCCAGCCGUGCCAAGAGUCGAGGCCCGAGAUGCUGCGAGCCCCUAUCCACCACUGGGAAUCCACCCACAAACUCUGGUCACGCCUCCACAUAGACUUUGCGGGCCCGUUCCAGGGCAGAACUUUCCUGAUCGUGGUGGACUCCUACUCCAAGUGGCUGGAGGUCGCUGAUGUAGGCUCCAUGACCUCGCGAGUGGUGGUUCGGGAACUGUGGAAGCUUUUUGCCACCCACAGCCUGCCAGACACGGUGGUCUCCGACAACGGAGCCCAAUUUACGUCUGUGGAGUUCCAAGAGUUCUUGGCCAAAAAUGGAAUCCGCCACAUGACCUCAGCCCCGUUCCACCCUGCCACUAACGGCCAGGCAGAGAGGAUGGUUCGCACGACCAAGGACGCAAUGCGGCGGAUUGAGCGCAAUGACUGGGACAGGGGGCUGGCAGAAUUCCUCCUGUACCAGCACACCACUCCCAACUCUGCCACCGGGAAAAGCCCCGCGGAGCUUCUCAUGGGCCGCCGGCCAAAAACGCCACUUGACCGGCUACACCCCGACCUUGCGCCGGAGCGGCCUCGCCAUCGAGAAGAACCGGCAGCCCCACGGGUUGUAGAACAGGAUAUCCCCGUCUAUGCCCGUAACUAUGGUACGGGCCCGGCCUGGAUUCCGGCGACCGUGCAAGACGCAACCGGCCCGUUAUCCUACCGGGUUGCCACCCCCGAAGGUCGAGUCCUCCGGCGACACAUCGACCAGCUGCGCCGCCGAUUGGCUGACGAGCCCGACCUUGCCGCUACCACAGAAUCUCCGGAGCUCCCCGGAGUGCCGGAGCAAGCCGCGCCAGCGGAGAGCGAGCCGAGCGAGGAGCGCCUGUCUGCCGGCACGCACAGAGAACUCCCAGAAGCCGUUUUUCCUACCCCCUGCGAACCCAGGCCGACUACUGCCACAGACGCGGCCCCAGCACCCACAACACCGGUUCCGUGCCCGGUAGGCAGUCCGGCUCGCCUUGCUGAAAUCCCUCGACACACCGAGAUGCAACACUUUGCUGCAAUGGCCACCCGCGGAUCACUGGAAGCGUUCGACUCCGCCAACCCCAGCGAGUGGGAGAGCUACGCGGAUUGCGUUGCCUGCUUCAUGGACGCCAAUGACAUUGACGAUGCCAGCAAGCAGCAAUCGAUCUUCCUAAGCAUGUGUGGGCCACGGACCUUCCAGCUCGCACAGUCCCUGAUGGCCCCCACCAAGGUGCUCAAGGCGCCUUUAAAGGACAUUCUGGCCACGCUGGGGAACCAUUUCAUGCCCCAGCCAACGCGCCUCGCUCGCCGCCUGCUGUUCCACCUCUGUGACCAGGAGUCGGGCGAAUCUGCUGCAGACUACCUCGCCGCCCUACGGCAGCUGGCCCAUUUCUAUGAGUUCCCAAACCUUAACGACGCUCUCCUCGACAGGUUCAUCUUCGGCCUCCGGAACGAGGAGGUGCGCCACCGCAUCAUCGCCAGGAAGGAUGCGACCCUGACCUCCGCCGUCGAGGAGGCCACGGAGGCUGACUCCGCCGCCAGGGGCGACCGGCCCCGGGACCGUGGCGCCGCUGCACCGCCUCGCGCAGACACCGCCGUCCAUUUUGGGGACGCCAGCGACUCUUGA